AUGGGAUAAAUAAACCCAAAAUAUUCACCACCUUCUCCAGACAAAUUAAAACUAACUUAUCAGAUAAGAAACUAAGCAAAGGUAUUAUAAUUACUUAUCUUUUAAGCCUAUUACCUUAGUAUUUGAUUCUUAAUUUUAAGCUUAAGAAAUUAAUCAAAAUGAUUGGGAUCUAGUAAUUUCAUCAAUUAACUUUAAAAUUGAUAAAAUUAAUAAGCUUCAAAAACUUCCAAUAAGUAAACGAGACUUGUUAAUUACCUAGAUUUUAAAGCUUAAUUAAUUCAAUCCUUCAUGAUGAACAAAUCUAUUGAAACAGCCCCUUGUAUAAUUGGUUCUGAAGAAGGACUCCAAGAAUUAUUAAUAUAUUUAAGAACUCUCAAUAAGGAAGAUUUAUAAAAAUUCGUUGAGGAUAAAUUAUUGAUAGAAUAAUUGAGGAAUUUAUUAAAAGUUGAAUGUGAAGGAUAUCAUGAUAAAGAAGUAAAUAAUUUAUUCAUCAACUUAAGUGUUUAAUAUUAAAUAUUAUAUUGCAUUGCAUCUAACAGAAUAGUAGUUUAGAUUUAGAUUAACCAAUUUUAAAUGAAUUAGCAGAAAUUUUAAAUCCAAUUCAUUCUGUUAACUUUAGCUUACUUUUAGAAAUCUACAUCUCUAUAUGUAAAAAUUAGACAGAUGAAAAAAUAAAUUAAAUUUCAUUAUCAUGGAUGGAAAUGAAAAGAAAUGGUAUGUGGAAUUAUCCAUUCGAACCAUUUAUUUAAAUUUUAUAAUUAAAUAAAAGUGUUUUUUCAAUUAUGAAUAUGGUUAGAUUUAUAAAUUAUUUUAUGGAAGCUCAUGAAGAUGUUGAAUAUAGUAAUAAAUUAAAAACAUUACUUAUUAAUUUUGGUUUAAGAUUUUUAAUUGAAGAUGUCAAAGCUAAAAUUUAAAAUGGUUAUUAUAAAAUAGAACAUUGCACUUAUGAGUAUAUGGAUGAAAUGUUAUUAGAAUAAUAUUAGCAUUAUAAAAUUAAUCCAUCAGCUCGAAAAAGAAAAUUAUUACCUCCAGAUGGUAAACCAGUUGAAUUAAGUGUUUGUGCAGCACUUUGUGCAGACUUAUUUAUAGAUCUCUAAGAUUUAGAAGCCUAAAAAAAAUUUGAAAUGGCCCAAUAAGAAGCACUAGCAUAAAUAGAUGCUUUUUUAGAAUUAACUGAAAAAAUAUACUCUAAAGUUAUGAAGCCCAAAAAAUUAGUUAUUGACAAAAAGUCCAGAACUAAAAGAGCAGGAUCUAUAACAACAUUUCUAGAAGAAGAAAGAUCAAUUAAAUUAAGAAUACCUGAUUUAGAUUAUCAAAAACUUCUUACAUAGAUAAGAGAAGCUACUUUAUUUCCUUAAGUUUUAGAUGCAUUCUAAGAUUAUUUAUAAUCAGCUGCAAAAAUAGGAGUUAACGUUAUCUCAUAAAUAAUGUCUGUAGCAGUUGACAAAAUGGUUGAACUUCGAAAGAAUGAUCCUCUAAAAUUAGAUUUAUUGGCAUCUGAAGCUAAAUGUACUCAACUUGAAAAUUAAAUUAGAUCUCAUAUUAAUGAGAAGGCCAAGAUGCAAUAAGAAGUAAUUUAGCUGAAAGAAAAAUUAGCACAUGCCGAUAAAUAUAUCAAAUAAAUGGAAUUAAAAUUGUAAACCUAAGCAUAAGUUAUCCAGACUUAAAAUAAUCAAUCUAAAACACAAUAAUUACCUCCUCCACCUCCUCCACCACCUCCACCACCAUUACCAGGUCAAACUACAAAGAUUAUUACUCCACCACCUCCACCACCUCCACCACCUCCCCCACCUCCUCCUUUACCAAAUUAAAAAUCUUAAGUUCCUCCACCACCUCCUCCUUUACCUGGCCAAAAAUUAUCUGGUCCUCCUCCACCUCCUCCAUUGCCUGGUUAAAAAAUUGGAUCUAUUCCUCCUCCUCCUCCACCUCCACCAUUAUCUGGAUAGAAAACUGGAUAAAUACCACCACCUCCACCACCUCCUCUACCUGGAUAGAAAACUGGAUCUAUUCCACCUCCACCUCCUAUGCCUGGAUAAAAAUCUGGUCCUCCACCUCCACCACCGCCUCCUGGAUAAAAAGGAAUGCCUCCUCCUCCACCACCUUUUGGUGCAGCUAAUGCAGCAGGUUUAGGAAUCUAACAAUAAGUUGGAAAAAAAAAAUAAAAUCCUUCAAAAACAAUGAAAUAAGUUCCUUGGGUUGUAAUAAAAGAAGAAAAAAUUAAAACUACUAUUUGGGAAAAGAUUGAUGAUUCAAAAAUUAAAAUAAAUACAUCCUUUUUAGAGGAAUAAUUUUGCAAGGUUGAAUUAACAAAAGCUACUGGAAAUGCUUUACCUUCUUAAAAAAAAUAAAUUGUUUAAAAGGUUUCUUAAUUAUAAGCUGAACGCUAAAAGAAUGUUGAAUUAGUUAUAUCCAGAUUAAAAAUCAGUUCAUUAACCUUAAGAGAUGCCUUUUUAAAUAUUGAUACUCAAAUUUUAACAGAAGAUAAAAUAGCUAUGAUAAUUAAUGCAGUUCCAGAAAAAGAGGAAUAAGAAAUGUUUUUACAUUUUAAUCCUCCUGAUCUAUCAUUAGUUGCAACACCAGAUUUAUAUUUUAUGGAUUUGAGUACUGUUCCAUAAAUUAAAUUAAGAGCAGAAGCAAUUGUUAUCAAUUAUGAAUGGACAGGAUUAUAUGAGAGUGUAUAAGCAAAGUAAAAUAAAAUUGAAAAUGGAAUCUAGUUAUAAUUAGAGGAUAAGAAAUUACAAAUAAUGUUGGAAUAUUCAUUAGGUUAUGGUAAUUAUUUAAAUGGAUAAUCAACAAGAGGAGGAGCUUAUGCAUUUAAACUUGAUAUUAUGAGUUAAUUAGAUGAUGUUAAAUCAAAUGAUAAUAAAACAAAUUUAUUAAUUGUCAUAAUACUACACAUAGAAUCAGAUUUAGGUUAUUCAUUAUACGAUGAAUAAUUUCUUGCAAAAAUAGAUUACGAUUUUCUAUGCAAAACUCCAAUAUCUUUACUAUAAUAAGAUUUAAAUGAAUUAAAAAGAAUGGAGAGAGUUGUAGAGAGAGCUAAAAAGAGUCAUGGAGAAGAUUCAAGUGAUUAAGCAGGAGUUAAGUAAUUGAAUAUAAAUAUCAUUAGAUUUAAAGUAUUAUAAGAAUAAUUACAAGAUAAAAUAAAAAAAUUGGAAGAGAAAAAUGCAUAUUUAGAUAGCAGAUAUAAAGUUUUAUUAUAGUAUUAUUGUGAAGAUUCUAAAUUGUAAUCAGAUGAAUUCUUUACAAAAAUUGAUAAAAUAUGGAAAGAUUAUUAGAAUGUAUUUUUGAUAAAUAAUUUAUAAGGCUUUAACCUAAAUUGCUAGAAUAAAAUCAUAAGAAUAGAAAUAAUAAAGGGAUACAAGAAAAAAGAUGUCAUAAUCUUGCACACUUGAAGCAUUAUAAUAAUCAAAUGAAAAUUAAAAAAAUUAAUAAUAAGUGAAAUAAUAAAUUUAAGAGACUAAUUCAGGUUCAAAUAAAAAAGAUGUGAUGGAAGAAUUAAGAAGAUUGUAAUCAAGAAAGGCAGAAUUAGCUGCAAAAAGAUAAUAAAAGACUAUAGAAAUUGAAUGAAAUUGAAUUAAGGGG